AGACGAACACGGAAGUUCUGUUUUGAAAAGAAUCCGCGAAGUGUGCGCGCAUGGAGAGGUGAAAAUGAGCCAGAUCCACCGCAAACUGAAGCUCAAACGAAAGAAGUCCUGUGCGAAUCCCGAGCUGCCCUACCCGGAGAAACAGCGGGGUGUGAGACCGCGGUCAGAGAGAGAAGACGCGCAGGCUGCAGGGCCAGUGCUCCCCUCUGCUCCUGGCCCUGCCUGUGUCUCUGCCCCUGCCCCUGGCCCUGCUCCUGCGUCUGCUCUGGGCUCUCUCUGCUCUGGGGUGGACAGACUAUGGGUGCUGUCACUCAGCUGGAUCCUGCAGGAGCUUCAUGACCCCUCGGGACAGGUGCCUGAGCUACCCCCUCCCUCUGCUGCUACCCCCCUGCCUCGUCCCUCCCCUGCACACUGGGGCCUUACUGAUGAGAUCCCCCCCUUUCCAGAGCCCUCUUCCUCUGUCCAGUCAUGUCCCGAGUCUGACGCACCCAUGGACUGUUUGGACAGCCAAGACAUAUUCUUGUCCCCCGACACUGCUGCUGUGGCACCUUUAAUCCAGCAGAGGGACACCUGCGCACCUAAAGCUCUACUUCCACAGAGCCAAAGGGGCAGAGAUGCACCAUGGACUUCGGGGAGGACAGAGGAGACAGGAACGACGGACGGGACAGGGAUGAUGGAGGGGCCAUGGAGGAGGACUGGGAGGCUAGGAGUUACAGAGAGAACAGGGAGGAUAGAGGAGGCACAAGGGGGGGCACGAGGGACGAAUAAAAGAGGUGAGAUGAAGGGGACAUGGAUAACAGGAGAGACAGGCAGGACAGAGGGGAUAAAGGGGACUGGAGAGACGGGGAGAACAGAGAUGUUGUAUACAGAUGGGACAGGAGGGAAAGGAAGAAUAGAAAGCACAGGGGGGACAGAGGGGACAAGGAGGACCAGUCAGUUAGGGGGGACUGAGAUGUUGUGUACUGAGGAAACAGGUAGGAUAGGAAGGUUAGGGGGGGCAGGAGGGACAGGGGGGACAGAAGGAGCAGAGGAGCUGUUGGCGAGCUGCCCCAUGUGCUUGAUGGUCUUCAGUCUGGGACUCUCGCAGCUGGACCGGGAUAGUCACCUGGCUCAGUGUCUGUCUGAUGUCAACAUUGACGUGACCUGGUGAGUAGCCCUGAGCACCAGGAGGGGGCGCUAUGGAGGGACGUCCAAAGAUGAAACUGCAAACUGUGAGAGGAUGCCCUCAAGAUGGAAAUAAAACAAGACCUACAGACACAGAAGGAGACUGGGAAUCACACAACCUUCUCUCUUAAUAGUAUAUCCCUCUGUUUAAGUACUUCACAGGAGCCACAUGUUACAUGUCACUAUAAUUCAAACAGCUGACGAAGCUCGCUCAGAAUCCUGAAACUAGUUACAACACUGUUCUGUUCCUUAUUAGCCCUGACCAAAAUAUAUUACUUGUUACAAAUUAAAAUAUGACACGUGCCUUA